GUCUAAAAUACUUGCGGCUGUCAGGGAUUAAGGGAAAACUCAAUCAACAAUCUCGAACCUAUUUUACAAGACUGUUGAAUCCGUAAUAGAGAUCGUUAAUUGAAGGUGAGGGGUAGCCUAUAUGAAAUGUAUAACGCUAAUGUACUAAUCUAGUGUUACUCCUGCACGCGCUCUGUAUUUAUUACAGAUCGUAGCUACGUUUCCACACGGCAGCAAGGCCAAUAUUGGGACCACAUACUAUUUCCCAAAUGGAAUUUAUGUGUAGUUGUUAGAUGAAUUUAUAUCACAGUGAGCAUUUUGAUGCUGAUUAAUUUGUGUCAUUACAGAGUACAAUGAGUGUGGAAGUGGAGAGGAAAUUUGUCUGUGAUGCUGACAUUCAGAAACAAUUGGAAGAGAUAGGAGGUGUGUAGCCUCCAAGUUGUACCAUUGUGCCCAGAGGGCAUCUCCAUAACUCUUGAUUUUAUAUUAAAAACACUUAAAAAUAUGAUUGAUGUAGGCUACUUACAAUAUAGAAUACACUAUUUUAAUGUAUAAUGUGGGCUAACUACUAGAUUCAUUCUAGUGGAAUGCUGCUGAUGAAGGUUGGUAAAGAAAGCUAAAAUGUAGACUACCAUGUUAAUCUAGUUUUAUCGGGAUUUAUUUAAUUUUUAAUACAUACUUGAUAUAAUUUCUCACUGUACUUACAAAUUACUAACAAAAUUGCAUACUUUUAGCAGUGAAAACUAUUCAUUCAAAUGAUAUGUACUACAUUUUCUCUGCACCCCUCCCUCUUUCUUACAACUUUUCUCUCACCAGCGGUGUGUAUUGGUCAGAAACAAUUCCAAGAUCAGUAUUAUGACACCCCAGACUUCCUUCUCACCUUGAGAGAUGUGUGGCUGCGUUGUCGCCAGGGAUGUUGGGAACUCAAAUGCACCACAGUUACGAAGGCAGAAGACAGAGGGGGGGAGCCUCAGAAGGCAGAACUGUGUUCACGCUAUCAGGAGAUAACCAAUCUUUCUCAAAUUCAAUUGAAAGUGAGAGAGGUCAUGAAAGAAGGUAAUGGGGAGCAAAAAACUGCCGACCAGAUGCACCCAGCGGUCCACCAAGACACACCCAAAGCUGAAGGCGCAGAGAAUUGCCCCACAGGGAAUGAUUCCUGGCUGAUGGAGCUGAAUCUGGUUUGCUUUGCAGAGUUUACAACACAGAGGUGUUCAUUCACUUUUGAGGGGGAAGGAGAUGAAAGUGGAGUGCGUGUAGACCUUGACCAGGCCGACUUUGGCUAUUGUGUUGGGGAGAUAGAGGUUCUCGUGCCAAAGAGAGAAGACAUUCAGUCUGCACUGAGGAAGAUUGAAAAGACUGCCCAAAGACUGGGUGAGCAGGGGAUGCUGGGUAUCAGUCAUUUAUGCUGUUAUUAUUUUUUAUAUUUUCAUUUUCAUGGUAAUGGUUGUUUCUGCCAGAAAGCAUGCAUCAUACAGAUUGAUGGCAUAUAUGUAUUGUACUAAUGUCUUCUAAAAUAUAAUUUGGUAGCACUUUACGUUACAGCACGGAAUAAAAUGGUAAUAACAUGGAAAUAGUAACGUAACAAAUUAGUUAUACUCACAAUAAAAACAUUCAUAACCCUUAAUUUCAGUAUAAUUACAUUAUUGUUUAAGGGUAAUAAUUUGUGUUAUAAGACUUUAAGGAUGAAAUAAGAGUUUAAUAAGGAAGAUGGUUGGAAAAAGGGAUCCGUAUUGUUACCAUCUAUACUAUGGCACAAAGUAUGUGGUGUAACCCUGAAAUAAGGAUAUAAUUAUACUAAAAUUACGGGGUAUCUGGGCUAAUAACGUUUCAAUGUGAGUAACUAUAACUUGUUACCAUAUCAUUACCAUGUUAUUACAACUUUGUUCCGUGCUGUAAUUUCACAUCUUACCGUUCAUUUUGUUCGUAUGUUAUAUUUAUGUUCAAAAUAUUUUCUAUUUUCUUUAUUUUUUCUCUAUUUCACGCUCUCCCCUCCCCUUUAGGUCUGUCUGGCGAUCAGAGGGUUCAAGGAAAAAUGGAUGUCUACCUGCAAAGAUACUGCCCAGAGCACUAUGCAAAAUUACUAAGUGCACAUAUAUUGUAAGAAAUAGUAGCUGGAAGGUAGCUGACAAAUGUCACUGAAAAUUCUGCAUGUCCUUAACUUUAUCUAAUUAAAGUGGUUAACACAAAAAUGAUAUGGU